GGCGCGCACCCCUCGGGCGCCUUGCGGAGGAAGUCCCGGGACCCCUCCCCCGCGCGUGCGCGCUGCCCCUCUACGGGCGCGUGGCCGGCCGUCGCUUAGCUACGGGACGCGCCCCGGGGACCCCGGCCAGUUCCCGCGGAGCAGCCAUGUCCCAGGAGGAGCCCCCCGCGUGCGUGGGCGAAGCCGAGCCCCGGGCCCCCGCGGCCCCCGAGAAGACCAGCGACUACUACUGCGUGAGCGAGUGCCUGCCGCGGAGGUUCAACCACCCGGGGUGGUUCCGUGGCUACAGGAGCGCGCAGGCGGCCUCCAUGUACAGGACCAGCAACCAGGUGUACGGGAGCAGAGCGCCCACGGUGCACGAGAUGCCUAAAGUCUUCUAUCCGUAUUCCAGCAAGUUUUCCCGGGAGUUCGCGGUGGGCGGGAUGUUCCGGAGCAGUGCUUUCAACGUGGGCCUGGAGAAGAGCCUGGUGACCGGGCCCGGCAGCCACGUGACCGCCUGUGACCGCCGCGACUUCCACCCCAGCUACAACGCCAGCCGGCCGUCCAUCUGCGACUGAGGCCGGCCGGCCGGCGCCCGCUGCUUCUGCCCUGAAGGGUCUUUGGUCCCCAGGAUGGAGGGGCGUCCAGAUGGGGCCGGGAUGCCCUGCGCCGGCCGGCCGGCGCCAAGACAUGCGGGGACGGCGCUCGGAUGGUUUGCGUGGGCAUUAAACAUGUUGCCGUCCCUGCCUUGUGUGACCUCCGUGACCCUGGCGUCUGGGAACCAACACGCUGGGAGUGGACCACGCAGCCCCCGCC